AUGCCUAAGAAUAAAGGUAAAGGAGGUAAAAACAGGCGCAGGGGUAAGAACGAGAAUGAAUCUGAAAAAAGAGAGCUGGUAUUUAAGGAAGACGGACAGGAAUAUGCUCAAGUUAUCAAAAUGCUGGGCAACGGACGUUUGGAAGCCAUGUGCUUUGAUGGUGUCAAGCGGCUCUGCCAUAUUAGAGGGAAAUUGAGAAAAAAGGAUAAUAAAGCAGAUGUAAUUUUGAAGUACAAUGCGGAUGAAGCCAGAAGUCUGAAAGCAUAUGGUGAGCUUCCAGAACAUGCCAAAAUCAAUGAAACGGAUACGUUUGGUCCUGGAGAUGACGAUGAAAUCCAGUUUGAUGAUAUUGGAGAUAAUGACGAAGACAUUGAUGAUAUCUAA